AUGAAUAGUGAUGCAGGCCUUCUCGGUACUUUAGUCGAAAGACUUACCUCUAGGCUCCCACAUCGUACCGGCACGCACAGCCAGGAACUCAAGCACGACGAGGUCGCUGCCCUUACUCGCGCUACGCUCGUCCAAGUCAGCGGCACCUCGAUCGCCGUCGUUCUCGAUUCGCUCGUAUCGCUGCUGGAGGAGUUGGCUCGUCCCUACAAGGACUUUGCCGGACACCCAUCCCAUGUUCUCCAGUCCGAAGUCUACGUCCUAUCCCUAGCCGCCGACUGUUGCUCCGCCCACCGCGAGAACCUGCGCAAACCCGGCCCGGAUAGGUUGUCCGGGGUUCACGGCAAUGGCAACUCCAGUCCGGGGUCUGCGCUCCCCGAGCCGCUGGAGGAAGGUUUGGUGACUCGGAUGUUCGAGUAUCUGAAGCUCCUCGUCGAACCAAUACCAGAAGACUACGUGCUUCCUGCCAAGACGAUAUUGGAGGACGAAUAUGUGCGCGAAAUUCUCGAUAUACAGUAUGGAGAAUUGCCGUCCAGGGUCACCUCCCCAACCGGCUCGAGUGAAAUGCGCGAUGCGCUUGGGUCGCGCGAAAGUGACGCAGACUUUGACGACGUCGAACCAUACAUCAAGACCAUUGUCGAGUUCGUGAGCGCAUCGAGCUGGGCGCCGUCGUUCGAGUAUGUGAGGAAUGUGAUUUACAACAUACGAAUCUCGGGCCCCGGACAAUCUGGCGUGGCCUCGUCAGGGGCUGUAGCCGAAGAGGAGAGAACUUCCCUUGUCAUUCUCAAAUUCAUCUCCUACAUGUGGGUGGACGGCCAAAAGCUUUCCGUCGUCGUCCAGGAGCUAUGCUCGAGCUUCCUCCACUUUCGGAGGGCACACCAGAAUGCCGUGGCGGCCAUCGCACCACUGUUGAUAUUCAGAUGGAUUGAGCGCUAUCCCGACGAGUUUGUGCGGCUACACAAUCAGCAUAGGAAGCUCGACGGUGGACCCGACACACUAUUCGACAUGACGCAAACCAUAGUUGACAACAACAGGAGGCGAUCGGCGCUGUAUCCUCUCCAGACAACGCUACUCAUGCUGGUACCGGACGUCUUUGAAGUGGCGAGCAACUUACGAGAUGCCAAGAGCAGUGGCAUGGCCAAAAGAGUUGCAUUCCUCGAGGGGUUGAGAAAGGCGUUGAGAAACAAGAAUGAAGCGGCCGGGUACUGCUUGGUCAUCCUGCUCCGCGCUGCCCGCCACUUCGACGAUGAUGCAGAUGCGGCCAUCUUGAGCUAUGUCAUGGAUGUUCAGGAUGAAAUACGUGACGCCGUAUUCCGCCGAUACCACCCCAAUGGGGAUGGUGUCUUGUUUGAGCAAGAUCUGACUACUGCUGCGUUCAUAGCACUUAUACACCUGAACCUCGAAGGCUACGUAGAACCGCUGGCGCAGGCAUGCUUAGCUUCUACGGCGCCUCACAGUUUCAAAAUCGCCAUGGUCCAAGCAUGCUCGUACUUCGCACGUCAACCAAAUGCAGAGGAUUAUAAGCUUCUCUACUCCCAGGCUGCUGGAUUCAUCCAGGGCCAGCUCAAGGCAAUGUCCAAGACAUCUGCAGACCUCUACAUAGGGGACCGUCAUACGCAGCGCAAAGCUUCCGAGGCGAACUCGUGGACGACUCCUGUGAUAUGCAACAUUCUCAAGUUUCUCGAUGCAUCACCAUUGACUCUGUUUGAAAACACUCGAGCAGACGUCGAAGACCUCUCGGCUUUUCACGAGGAGAUCUUUGAGUCAUUUGUCUACUGCCUGGUUACCGCAAAUGAUAUGGUUAGGGUUCUAUCCCGCGGACUGGCCGAGAAGAUCCUCGCCACGGACGGCCUUCUUUCCUCUUUUCGGCAAGCGAAUGCCCUAGACUCGAACGAUUUCAGGCUCAAGUUUUGGAGAUUAUCAUCACUCGUCUUAAUUGACAUGGCUGAGAAACAGCAACAUACGGAGGACGACGCGAUACUCAAGUCCAUCAGCUCAUACCUCGAGUCGGGCUUGUUACUCCUAAGCUCGUGUCCUGAGCUUUGUAUGCUAACCGAAGAUGUUCCAGAGCUCAGGGCUUGUGCCAGAAAAGUCGAGACGGUGCUUCUGCUUUCACUCUGCUCUCCAGACAUGGAACUGUGUCAGCAUACCACAGCAGCCCUGGGCCUCUGGAACGAGCUGUGGCGUGCUAUGGAGUCGGUGACGGAACUGGCCAAGGUAGCGACCAAGCAGCUACGAAACAGCGACAUUUUCAUUGAGAUUGCAUCACGAGGUUUCAGGUUUACUGGGAUGAUGGCCUUCCAGAAGCGGACACGUGGUCUGUUCAGACGCAUACAGUUUCCAAGUCCCGGGAUACUCGAUGCGUGGGAGGCCGCUUUCGACAGGUGGAUUCACCUGUCCAAAGACGUCUCCACGACACCGGUCGAUAUUGUCGACGAGAGGAGUUUCUCAGAAUGGCGGAACUUGUCAGGGUUCCUUGCAUCCCUCGGUGGCAUAUGCACAGCCGAGCAAGCUUAUAAUUUUGUUGAAGACCCUGCAAUGAGUGGCAUGAGAUGGAUUGAUCGACUUGCGUCUGAACACCACGAAGAGCCCAUCCUCAACAGAUACCUCCGGCUCAGCACACAGCUUCUGGCGUGUUCCAAUGGGCGUGUCAGAGAGACGAUGAGAGACGUGCUGUCAACCGAGAUCUCCGCUAGUCUAUAUCAGCCACUGUUCAAGGCCCUCGAGUCGGAGCUUGAGGUGUUGUUCACUGGGGCAAUGGAAACAUCUGGUAAAGGCCAAAAUGGAGAGAUCAUAUUUGCUGAGCAAGCCGCUUCGCUGUUGAAAACCCUCGUCGAACGGCUGGAGACUCCGUCAGAGCUUGGUGCUGCUUCCUCUGUCGACUUCAGUUCACUCGGGCUCAGCUUCGCCAAGUUCUUGGAUGGUGCGACUGAGAACCUGGCUAGUCUGAGGGUGAAGAUCAAGAUCUGCCAGUUGUGUGAGUCUGUGACGAGGAAGAAGGAGCACCUGAAUCUGCGGGACGAUGUCAGGAAGCGGAACCAACUUCUGGAGUAUGUCUUCAGCUGGAUCGCGCGACCACGUUCACCUCGAACGGACGGCAGCCUUCUAUCGGCUCGCCAAGAUGAGGCGGCACGGAUUCAGAAAGAUCUGGAUAAAGCUUGCCUACGUUGUCUUGCCGAACUCACUUACAGAUUACCUCUCCAACCUGGGGACGGACAAAGUGAUGCUGGUACCAGCGAACUGAAGUCUCAGAUGUUCCAUACCUACUUCAAUCGCUUUCUCUCGCUUCUCAACCACGAGAGUGAAAACAUGAAGGUUGACAAUUUGGCGCCUUCGUCAACCCGCGAUGAAGUUGGCUCAACAUCUGAGCUCGCUAUAACUAUCCUCUCGAACCUUCUUAGCGCAAAUAUCGACGUUGGGCUCAAGCAUUCCCUUAGUAUUGGCUAUCAUGAGAACGUCGAAAUCCGCAAAGCCUUCGUCAAAGUCCUGUAUAACAUUCUGGUCCAGGGAACCGAGUUCAACAAUCUUUCGGACAAAGCGGUCAAGGAGAAAUACGACGAACUAUUGCAGCUUCUUACCCAAGACAUGAGCCUUGCUGUUGCCAUUAGUACAGUCUGUCCGAGUAGCGAGGUAGAGGAGUUAACGAUAUCGUUCUUGAACAUCUACGAAUCUCGCGGGCUCACCUUUGAGCUUAUGGAAGCAUUGAUCAAGCAGGAAAUUGAAGAAACAGAAAACGAGGCAGAAUUACUGCGCCGCAACUGUGUCGCUACAAAGAUGCUUUCCCUUUACGCCAAGUGGAAGGGAGCGAACUAUUUGAGAGCCACACUUCAGAAAGUAGUCGAAAGAUUGAUGCUAACGUCCAAAGACCUGGACCUUGAACUGGACCCGACAAGGAUCUCAUCACAAGAAGAGCUCGAGAAGAAUGCGUUACAAUUGCGGAUAGUUGCAAAAGUCUUUAUCGAUGACAUCUGCGCUUCGGCUGUCAACAUACCGCCUUCAUUUCGGAAAAUCUGCAGCAUAAUUUCCUCGGCAGUCAUGCCGAGGUUUCAAGAAGCAAAAUACACUGCCGUGGGAGCUUUCAUCUUCUUGAGAUUCUUCUGCCCAGCCAUUGUGGCACCGGAGGCAGAAAGACUCGUCAAUGUGCCACCAUCCAAGGAGAUGCGCCGAGGCCUGCUCCUGAUCGCCAAAAUCAUCCAGAACCUGGCAAACAACGUAUUGUUUGGCGCGAAAGAGCCGUACAUGUAUCCACUGAACGACUUCUUGACACAAAACAUCUACCGGGUGACAACCUUCCUACGUGAGAUAUCGGUCGCUCCGGACACGAUCGAGCCUCCCGCUCUCGAAGUAGAGGCGUUCGAUUUUGGUUCCUGUGUAGCCUUGCACCGUUUUUUGUACGACCACUGGGAUCAUGUACGCCAGCGGCUUUUGUCUCAAGAACGGAGAGAGCAUGUCCGCUCCCCCAACGAGCUUGUCCGUGGCCGUACACCAGUCUUCGAGCCACUCCGAGCCUUGAUCACGAAUCUCGGUCCUCCACCUCUGGCGGUUACUUGGAAUCGCCCACAAAUAUCUGCCAACACACCCCUUUCUUAUUCUAGGUUUCAGCAUUUCAUGCUUCGCAAUGCUUCCCGUAGCACAGAUUCGUUCGCCACUACUCGCGCUGUUUACGAUGGCGGGGAAAGCAAAGACGGACUCUCCAUCAUCUGUGUUAUUCUUCGCCACAUCGACCAGGAUUCUAUAGACUAUGAUACCCUCUUAUAUUGCUAUUUGAAGAUUGCAAGUCGUCUCUGGAACAAACCCUUCGGCCUACUCAUUGACGCGACCUGCUACAAUGGGCAGAAUGAACCGCAAGAUGAACUAUUCAAGAAGCUGGAGCUUCUGAGUCCAACCGAAUUAUCGCAGCAGUUAUCCAGGAUCUACGUCUACAACAUGAACAGUGCAUUCAGAAAAUGCUUUCGACGGAUACUCCGGGUGGCCAGUAAAAACGAGUCGAGUGUGUUCAACCCAGCCAACGCGGACUUCCAUCUGCUGGGAAGCUUGCAGGACCUCCAGGCGCAUUUCCAUCUGAGCCAGCUUCACCUCCCGAAAGAGACCAUCAGCGUUGUUACCGACACUCGAUAUGUCUUCCAGCCAAUCACACGGCUCUCGAAGACGAAGGGCAAGAUCGAGGUUAUCAUCAAGGUUGGCAGUCAGUUUGUGCAAGUGACGACCGUGAGAAAGCAGGAAGUGCACCCAACUUUCCGUCUGAACGCCAUUGUUAACGAUAUCUUCCGUCUCAUCGACGUGGACGAAGCACCGACUUCGAUUCCGACAGAUGACGACUCUGCUUUUGGCCUGCGCGCGGACAAUGGCAAGAUUGUCAUGUACUUUCAGAGUCCGAAGAAGACAGACGUGAUAUCAGCAAUUCGAGCAGCCAAGACAAAGUACGGCAAGGAUACUCGCACCAUGAAGUCAUUCGAAAGGCUCAUCCGGCCAAAAGACGUGCCUGGGACACUCUUGAACCUGGCGCUCACAAACCUCGCCGCACCCGAUCCCGUGCUUCGCAUUUCCUCCUAUAAUUUGCUCGGAGCUCUUUGCCAGGCUUUCAACUUCAAGGCGGCUUCCAAGUUCAUGUGCAUUCAAGAUGUGUCCAUCCCUCAGGAUCCUAAUCAGUUUAUCAUAAACAUGAGCAAGACCUUGGCCCAAGAAGAGCCGCAAAUGACGUCUGAUUUCCUGAAUGAGUUCUUUGUUGGCUGGGAAAGUUUUUCCGAUGAACAGAAGCCACUGAGUCUCGCAUACAUGGCCCAGUGGCUGCCCAGCCUACGCACUUCACUCCUUGGCGAUGAGACAGACAGCGAGAAGGGCAGGGAGAGAAUAGCUGCCAUAUUUCGAAAGCUGAUCGAUGUAGCGGUCAUGGAUCCUACCUUGACUCUUACUCUGGAAUACGCAGUUUGGCCUGCGAUAUACAAGGACGAAAUCCUGUUGGACAUCUUCAUCGAGGAGGUAAUAAAGGCAGCCCUGGCCGUGGGACUAUACGAUGAGCAUAGCCAGGCUCUCAACUCGAUUGUGACAGCUAUCGGGACUAUCACGCUUCGUGGAAAGGUCAUAUCUCGCCUCCGAAAAGCUUUGAACCGAUCCUCGCUCCGGCCCACCAAAUACCUCCCUGACAAUGCUGUUUGGGGCGAGGUCUGUAUCCUACUUCGGUUUUGCCUCUCGUUGUCAUUCGACUGCGGUGUCCAGUCGCAGCUCUACCUUCCCGAGAUAUUCCAUGUUGUCACCAUGAUAGCAAACACGGGCGCACCCGAUAUUCGAUCAAUGGUCCAUCGGCUUUUGAUCAAUUCCAUCCACGCGGCGUGUACCUCGUUCAAAGUAGACGAUGCCAAACUGGCUAAGCUGCGUGCUACCCUCGAACUCAUAUCAGAGCCAAGGAGUGAUAUCUUCACAGCUCCCUCCGACCUACUGCGAGACGGCGUCUCAAUCGCAACGACCUAUGAGUCAGGGCUGGUCCUCGCUGCCACUGAAAGCCUUGCCUCGUUGCUCUUCGAGACGUGUGCUGUUGCUGCCCCGUCUGUCGAUAUGGCCAACGCUUGGCGAUCGAGAUGGAUGAGCCUGGUCGCCAGCACUGCUUUCCAGAACAACCCUGCCAUUCAGCCUCGGGCUUUCACGGUGAUGGGCUGUCUAGCUCGGGAGGAAGUCGAUGAUGACCUGCUUUACCAGGUCCUUGUAGCGCUUCGGAAUAGCGUUGCGCGAUUUGGAGACGAGAGCAGUAGCGACAUGCUUGUCGCUGUUGUGACAUCCUUGUCCAAGAUGAUUGGAAAGCUGACUGGUGCAUCUCGUUAUGGGUUGCAGCUAUUCUGGCUCGCGAUAUCGCUCAUUCGCCUGGUGCCUACCACCCGUCUUUUCAACUGCACUGCACUCUUCUUGGAGGCUGUGCUUAACAACAUUGGCACCUCGGCCGAGUUGAGGAGCGAGAAGAUGCCCCAGAUCCUGCUACAAGGUCGGGGUCAACUGGAAGAGGCGACACUUCCACUGGACGACGUCUAUGGCAUCCAUUUCACGCCAGACAACUUCCAUUUUGCGAUAUGCGCUUGUCUCGUGCGAGGGCUUACCGAUCCCCUUACGAAGGCGUCUGCCUUGCGAGUCCUCUCUGCAUUCCUUGAGAUCACGGCCGACGGCUCUUCGAACAGGGCAUCAAGAAACUUCUCCACGGCGUUGCGUGGGUCUCCUUACCUGGCUCUCAUUCAAGCCAGAUCUGCCACUGCCGAGGACGUGAAGGAAUGUCUCUGGUCGGCCGGGAUUAAUCCCGUCAGCGUGGCCAAUCUCAAUCCCACGCGGACACUGGCAGAUCUUACCAACAUCAAGGACAGGGACAUUCUACUGAACACCGCGAUUGAGCUUGUUGACUUCCAAACGCUGGAAGAUCCCAUCCAGGCUCAUACGAUGGCCUGGCUGGUCAAAUUAGCGACCGAGAGACCGAAAGUCAUCGUGCACUUAUGUCCGACCAUCGCUGCGCUUCUCGACGAAGUACUACUCCAGGCGCAAAACUCGUCGACGUUGAAGACGGGACAUGUCUUGCUCCGCGCACUAUCGACGCACGCUAGGCUCGCAGCCGCUUUAGACGGCGAGGACAAUCUAACCGAUAUAUUGGAGGACAUGGGGUUCGAGGGGCUGUGGCGUUCGAGCUCCUUCAGCCAGACGCAGGACCACGACAGGCAGCUCUUUGCACUGACAGAGAAGCUAAUCGAGCUUAUUAUCAUCUAA